UUCUUCUUUCCAAUUGCUUAAAUUGGAAAAUUUACUGCGAUGAUCAUCCAUCACUUACUUACGUAUAGGGAGGGAGGAAGCAAGUUAACCCAAGCAUUUGAAUUAUAUUCUAGAAAUAGUGUGAUCUCUAUAGGUAAAUCAAAUGAUUUCGAGUACAAUUUGGAAUAAAUAAGCACAAGUUAUCUUUUCAAAGACAAUUCUUGAAUUUGAGCCCGUAGGUUGAGUGGAAUUUGUAGUCUUUGAAAAUUUUAAGAGCUUAUUUAUUCCAAAUUGCACGAGAAAAACAAUACGAUUAUUUGUUGACAAUAUGAUAAUAAAUCAGUUACGACUAUCUGCGCUGUCUGGGAUUGAUUGGCGUGCUCUUAGCCAAUCAGCAUAUGCUGACAUUUUUGCAUGUGUAUUAUUAACAUUGUAAUGUACACACAGUUUUUGAAGUUCGUAUUGACAAAAAUGUAAUUUAUCCUUAGGAAUUCCAAAUCAUCAGCGUUAACAUGUAAAUUAUCCCGAAUAGUAUAUAAGAAAUGUGCGGACAUAAAUAAGGAGAUUUUGUUUGUAGAAACUAAGCCUUACAGGCUUACAGGCCGGGCAAAGUUAUUACAUCACCAAAUUCUCCCAACAAGAACUGUAGGAAAUAUAUAGAGACCAAUAACAAUAAUUAAUAGGUGGACAUAAGGGCUGCCUUGUACUUAAAAGAAAUGAGUUGAGAACUAUUAGAAACGUUUGCACGUACAAGUGAAGGUUUGCUUAUUCACUGGCUUGUUUCCUUUUAAUCUGCAGCUUUUGGAACUACGUUGUUCGCUUUUGGUUGUUUGAUAAACUAAACAACAUGUUGCAACCGGUUUAUCGUGAUAUAAACCGCACGGUCAAUAUAAUACAAUGAGAAUAUUAUGUUGUGAUCAACUGUUCACAAUAUGACUGUCUGACUGAAUGACUGACUGUAUUUUGUCGGUUAAUGUGUAUGUUUUUUGUUGCAUUCGAUACGUUCGUCGGAGGAUCUUUUCCGAAUUACCCUCAGUUCCAUUUAAGCGUAUUUGAGAGUAAAAUACAGCUUUUAGCGACGAUUAAGCAAACGAAAGUGCCACUGUUGCGCGCUCACAAGAAGUAGAACAAUAUUUUUCAAAGCUUUUUUGACAUUCCAACCUACAAUAAAAAUAGGAAAAAAUCAAAUCAAGAAUUGAUGUUCGCUGAAAUUAGAAAACGAUUAUUAAUGUUCGCUCUCCUUUAUCAUUUGGGUUAAUUAAUAAAUCGCUUAAAAGCUGAUUAAACUUUGAAAGAAAAUAAAUUGUUGUUUUUAAAAUAAUAACAAUUAGCCGACAAUUCAGCAAUAUAAGUUAUACUCAGUACGCACUUACGAUUUUCUUCAUCUCUCAACUUUAGAUAUUUCUAAAAUUAAAUUUUGAGACCGAUCUUUUCUACAUUUGUUAAGCCAUCCACGAAGUGUGGUUAUAUACUUUAAUCCUUAAGCUGAGUGUGAAAAAUGGAAUGUAACAGGUUUCAUCGCACGCGGAAAUUGUAAUCGGGGAGGGGGAGCUAAGGUGACUCCCAUACAAAAAGGACGGGGGUGGUCUUCUUGGAAAGAACCCUUAAGAGGUACCAAGAUCUAGUUUGGUGGGUGUGGCCUGCAAUUGUGCCUGGGUGCCAAUUCUUAAACAACACACUAACUGACACUGACGUUUUUCGGCUCAAUACCCUAAAAGGUAUCGCACAAGCUCCCCCUGUGGACCUUUUAAUGCGCAACGCUCUACGAGGUACCAAACCUUCCUUUUUAACCGCUAAAAGGUAAGAAGGGCACCCCUGUCCUUUUAAUAUGGGAUUCCCCCCCUCCCCUCCCACCAAGAAAAGGUGAUACAAUAUCUUACCAAUGGCCAUUAGUGGAUCAUUCUUCUAAAAGGAAGUGAAUAAUAUGGAAAUAAUGGCAUCCUAUAGGAUCAAUAUCCUCGACGGAUAUUACUAAGGACGGCUGGUAACUGCAGUUGUCGUGUUUUGGGUUUCCCCUGCCUUCGCGGAAACCCUUUACUUGGCUUUAGAGAGGGAUCAAUUUAACAUUACGCUGACACGCAAAGUUGAAAACUCUAUCUUGUAAGAGGUGAACUGCUACACUGUAGAAGUGGAGACGGAGUAGGACAAGAUUCGUUUAAUUGCCGUGCUUGACGGAAUCAUAUUUCUUUACAACCAACAAUUUCGAAAACAAAACUGACCCAAAGUGAUGGCUGGAUUGUCGACAGCCCUGAUUUUCUUCACGAUGGCAAUCACAGACUAUAGCAUGGCCGAGUUCAUUACAAUUGAGCGUGAUAGUAGCUUGGCACAUGUUGAUUUUCUCUUACCAGAUUCUCAUUGCCCUGGGAACCAGCCACAAUGCGGCAAUUUCAAAGGUACUUCGCUUUCAGUAUGCUGGUGUUAUUGCGGCAUCCUACAAGGCCAAAAUACAACUUUUUACGAGUCAAGUUAUGGCUGCCUUCCAGUCAGCGAUGUUCGACAGCAAGCAGGCUGCCAGAUGCUCUUUACAGGCGAGUCAGUGGACCAACGUUUGGUGUUUUUUCCAUCUGAUUCUGUUCUGGAACAAACUGUAGACGUACCUGCCAACCAGAGGUGUACUUUCUAUUAUGGAAAUCGAUUCUAUGUGCAAUAUCUGGAUUGUACUGGUUCCUGGAGAUCAAUAGAAUCGCGAAAUGUGCUUGACAAUAUAGACCUGACACCUGGUUGGUCCUCAAGUCAGCUGAAGAUUAGGAUCAAAGCUGGUACAACACUAUUCCAGUUCGUCACUGCUGGCCGUCUCGUUAGAGUUGCAAUACAAUGUCGAACUGACUCUUCUAACGUUCAGUUGACAAGCUCAUGUGUUGUGUUCCAGGUCCAUGGGAAAAUUGACUGCCCGUACCCUAGGCCGACCCUAUCACCAGCAUUAACCGCGGCGACCUUGCCAACACCGGUAACAGAAAGAUUAGAUGCAACUGGAACUCUUCCGCCGGUGACCGCGCCAGCAAAUAAAACAACGACGAUCCCGUCUUUGGAAGAAGCAACAACAGUGCAGCCUUCUGAAGGAACGACCAUUAGUGGAACCGGUGACGGUGAGGGCACAGAGACGGGGAAAAGAAAAGAGAAACACAUUCUAAAAACAGAAGGGAAAUUCCAAAAUACAAUUUGUGAAUCAAAUUUGGCAAUUUGGCCUUUACUCCUUUGGUAAUUAGUUAGGUGCGACUUUCAAGUAAACGGCAUAAAUGUUGCCAAACGAAGGCCAUGCGUCAACUGUCAAAAAAGAACAAAUCUCUAACAAAUAAGGUUGCUAGGGGCAAAGCUUUAAGAGCAAUUAUGGCAUCGAUAAUAAGUUGUAAGAAUUGAUCAAAACCCAGUUUUCCUACCAUGGUGAUAUCAAAACUGAAGGCAAGAACUCGUGAUCAAAGUUAAUUAUUUGCCAAAACGAUAUUUGUUCUAUCUAUCUUUUUUCAGAUAACCAAGAACCAUAAAUGUUGGUAUAUUGGUCAAGUUCUGAAUUGAAAGAAUUUGCUAAAUUAUGGAUCAUCACAAGCGAUGUUUCGAAUCACUCUCAAUCAUCAAUUGGUCUCAUGAACAUAAAAGUACACGGAAAUUUCCAUGUACCUUGUGCGUAAAAAAUAAUAAUAGGAACAUGAAACUUUCCGUGUACCUUAUGACUAUUAAAAAAAAUGUUCAUGUUCCGUAUUAUUACAUGUAAGAAAAGGUACAUGGAAAUUCAUGUAUGCCGUAUGACUACAAACAAGAAGAGGUACAUGGAAAUUCCCAUGUACCUUGUGACUAUUACAAGAUUAAGUAAAGUACAUGGAAAUUUCCAUGUACCGUGUGACCACUGGAAGCAAGGUCAAUGGAAAUUUCCAUGUACCUUGUGACUACAUACAAGGAAAGGUUCACUGAAAUUCAUUUCGUUCGGAGUAACGUCAAAAGUAACCACUGCACUUGAGCGACCUCGUGACUAGAGCGCAGGAAGUAUUAGUGCAUAGGAUCGCAUACAUGAAGCACAGUAAGUGGACGUGAGCUGAACGGGUAGUCUGAUUAGCUGUCAGCAAGCAGGUCUUUAUAAGCGUUAGGCAUUACUUGGUGAAAGUACCAACAAGUAAAUUCUAUUAAAAAUCAGUGCGGACGCCACCGGCGAACACUGCUGUCUAUCACACAGAAUCUGCAGGUAAACUUUUGCGUUGCCAAGUUUUAACUAAAUGAGCAGAAUAUACAAAACAGUUGCAGGCCAUGAACGUGUCAAGUAGCUGUGUUUAUUAGUAUCCAAAAGCGCGCCAUUCUGAUUUUCCAAAAGCACGUGUGGCAUUGUAGAUCCAAUCAUUCCUUUAGAAAGUUAAGAAAAUAUUAAAUUUGUUUGUGAUGAUAGAGUUUUCCGUUCGAUUAUAGUUAAAGAAGGUAAUGGCCUCAUCUGCACUCUGAAUGAGCAGUUUACAAAUACUAUUUUAGUCGUUGAAAGCUGAAAUCUAGGCGUUGCAGCCGGCGUUUAGGUUGCAACACAAGCAAAAGAAGCUGCCCGCGGGGGCUUAAGAGAGGAUGUUUUCUCUGUCCCUGUUCCUCACAAAAACUCUUCGUAGCGUUUACUUAAUAAGAGAUUUCCGUUCAUUUUUAAAAAUGUAAUCACAUGUUGUUUCUUUUCUCAUUUCCAGGUCAAUGCUUCUUCCAAAGAGAGCUGUCUGACUUGCUAAGCCAGGGUUUUGUGUAUCAAUAAAUAAAUGGACAGAUUUCAUAUAUAUUGAAAAAAAUUUACCCCAUCCCACUAACUAAAUCGCGUUAACGGGCCAUCUGAUGCGUUCAUAUAACAGUGGACGUUUUAAUAGCUGUAUUGCAGUAUCGUCAAAGGACUGUGUAGAAAUUUCCAUGUACACUUUCUGUGUCAUCUGAAGGUACAUGGAAAUCUCUAUGUGCUUUAAUUGUGUUGUACACAUGAGUGGUGCAUGAAGGUGCAUGGAAUUUCCAUGUACCUUUACACAUGUGGUACAUGAAUGCACAUGGGAAUGGUACAUGGAAAUUUCCAUGUACCUUUACAUGUGUGCUGCAUGAAUACACAUGGAAAAGGUACAUGGAAAUUGCUUUGUACCUUUACACGUGUCGUGCAUGAAUGUGCAUGGAAAUUUGCAUGUACCUUAACAUGUGUGGUGCAUGAAUGUGCAUGGGAAAGGUGCAUGGAAAUUUGGAAGUACCUUAACAUGUGUGGUGCAUGAAUGUGCAUGGGAAAGGUGCAUGGAAAUUUGGAAGUACCUUAACAUGUGUGGUGCAUGAAUGUACGUGGGAAAGGUACAUGGAAAUUUACAUGUACCUUUCCACGUGUGGGGCAAGAAUGUACAUGGAAAUUUCUAUAUACUUUAACACGUGUGGUUCAUGAAGGUACAUGGAAAGGUACAUAGAAAUUUCCAUGUAUCUUUACAUGCGUUGUGCAUGAAGGUACAUGGGAAAGGUAUUUCGAAAUGUCCAUGUACUUUGAUUAUCGCUUAUGUGGCCUAGAAAUCCAUCGAAAUAAUGAAAAAGUUUGGUUUGCUUUUCAACUGCAUUACCUUUAGAAGAAAUAAUUUAAAUUUAAUUUAUUCUUUAGAAUCUUUACAGCCAGCACCUUCAUGGGUUUUAGACUAAACUUCGUAAGAAUUUCACUGAAGUAGCUGAUUGUUGCCAAAAUAUCGGCAUUUUAGAAUAUCUGGUUUCUUUUUAGAACGUGUUGAAAGUCAGAAGAACAAAUGCAUUCAUUUUUACCGGAUCAGUGGAUGGAGGCAACAGUUGAUCCCCUUGAUACUGCUCAUCUUAUGGCGCUCAAACAGUCCUACUGAACUUCGGACAUAAUCGACUACGGUGUAGGUCCAACAUUGUUUUGCACUGAUGUACUAUCGAAUGAAUUCUGAGAACUGACACAAAAAGCAUUAAAGAAAGUCUUCGACAUCCUUUGGAACUGUAAAGAACAAAAACAGACGAUUCCAUUGACCACUACUCAGUAGCGGAAGAGAAAGCAAUCUCUCAAAGCCUUUCUCAAUCACAAGAUGCAUGGUAUCGUGGAAAGAGGUUGCUAUUGACAACGGUUUUGUUUAUAUCAAGAGCCAUUUUCAUUCCAUCGUGCACUGUACGUAUGUCGAGCACUGUAUUUAUUAUGGCACGGCAUAAAAUAGUUCAAAAGGUUUGUGUGUAUACUGAGUGACUCGUGGGAUAUUCUAUUGAAUGCCACUCGAAAGAAAAGGCAGUGCAUACGAUGCGACAUUAAAAACGGUGGUCGUUUUUCAUCGCUUUAGUACGGUUUGCCCCCGGAAUAAUGCAAGGAGAUGUAUGUUUUUGUGAGUAAUGCAAGUAUUGACCUGUAGGUAGCAUAAGUAGUCUAAGUAAUCGUUGUCAGUAGCAACCUCUCUCCACGACACCAUGCAUCUUGUGAUGGAGAAAGGCGUCCUAGAUGGAUGUAGUGGCUGCCAUCUUUGUAACUCAUAAUUUUAAUUUCUUUUAUAGGUCUUUUAUGUGUAUUAUUUUUAGAUAGUUCUAGUUAGGUGUCCCCUGUUAGCAGUGGGGAUUCUCUACUGCUAGAUGUAAUUGACACGGUAAUAAAGUCAUUAUUACUACAUUGUGAUACAAUAAUACGAGCAUUGUAUUGUAAUUAGAGUGAAGUAUUGUUAGUGGCGUAAGUAUCUAAAAGUGUGAGUAAGUUUUGCAAGUUUUGUAUUGUAAGUGGCCUAUUGUUUAGUGGUGUAAGUAGCUCGCUAAUAAAUAAAUUAAAAAAACGUUUGCCCCCGAAAUAGAACGGGCAUAUCACACAAAAAAGAGCAUACAGGAAAACUGUCGCUACAACAUGUCCUUGCAACAUGCCACCUUGUGUGUUCAUGAUUAGUAAGGUGCGUGGUAACACUUACAGUUGUAUGUUUUCUUUAAGCCAUUGACUUAAACAAAGUGUUAAGGACUGGUCAAAAAGUAUAAGGGGUCCGGAGCAUUUGAGAAUGUGGUGGAUAGAAAACGCGUGACCCGCCCCUUGCAUUUGCUACAAAACUGAGGAUCCCCCCCACAAAAAAAAAUUAAUGAAGUUUGAACUAUACAUGACCCACCCCCUAUAAAACAUGAAAUUUUUGGAUCGCAUAGUCCAACAAAAUUCCAACAAAAUUACAUUUUGUGUAUGAACUUGUGGUGUAAUAGACCUUUUAGAUAUAUUUUCUAACAAUAAUACAAAAGCAUCUAAAAAUAAUAGUUUCCCUUUGCUCCUGUAACUUCCAGGUCAUGUUCGUUAACUCUACCGAAAACUUGACAGUAACCUUGCACACUCGGCCUCCGGCCUCGCUUCGCGUGGAACAGUUAUCCAUCUAGAAAAAGGUUGUAGUGAGUCCUGAGACUCACACAGCCAGCAAACUUCGAGACCCAGGCUCAAGGAUGUGUGUCCUAGACCGAUAAACUUGAGUCCCGUACGCUUGUAGAUAAAUAGCGUGUAGACACAAGUCGGCCAUUUGGUGUUCUUGGAGACCAACAUAUCGAAAGAACGCAGUCAGUUGGACAACUUCAGCACUAGCACUCCUUGCUCACUACGUUAGACUUCUUAGCUUUCGUACAGAUUCACAACUCAUAAGUUAUAUUUUAAGUAAAGACACAAAAGAGGGCUAAGAGUUUAUUUGUUUUCACAUAAUAAUAAUUUCGGCUCGAUGCGUACAAAAUUUAAAUGUAUGACCAACUGUUCCAUGUUCCAAUAAUAUCAAGGCUUUGAUUAUAAAAGAAAAAACAUUUCUUUUUAAAUGUGUGCCAAUAUACCAAUUAAUAUAUUAAAAUUCUGCCUA